AGUUAUACUCAGAAGAGAAAGGGAGAGGGAGAUCUCAUCCCAACCUCUCAUCAUCUGAUGCUCAUUCAUCCUCCUCCACCAGCGAGACCUUAAUGAGAAUGCCGCGAUAACGGACAACCAUUGUUGUUUCACCGCUCUCCUCCAUGAGUACAUCAUCUGUUCACCUCUGGAUGUGUAAAUGGUUCUCUUUCUUCAGCGGUUACCGCCACAUAUAGCAGUAAUGUUUCCAUUUCUGAAGUGCCGUUCGUGAUGUUCCCGCGUUUGGAAUAAAAUAGCGCGCAAACCGAAACUGAGGGAAUAAAGCAUGACGAUGAAGAGACAGCACGUUUAAAUCAAGACAUAUCCACGGGGAUCUGCAAAAGGAUUGUUACAGCACUGGCCUGGCUCUCAAUGCACAAACCCCUCCUCCGCCCGACCCCAGUGCCCCCUCACGCUGCUAUGCCCCUCGCCCCAUCCCCAGAGCACAUCCAGAGAAAGGACUGCCUGUCCCAGUAGGAAUGCCUGUUCGGGCCUGGCACCUGCCUUUGCCCACGGCUGCUCCCACACCUUUCGCCAUUCCACCCCCCCACCACCUCUCGCAGGCUGCUCCAUCAUGAACGAUGAGGUCAUCAGCACUAACGCACUGGCCUGGCUGGUCUGCUCAGGAGUGUCCAUCCUGGCCAAUGCCUGGGGGAUCCUGAGCGUGAGCGCGAAACAGAAGAAGUGGAAGCCCCUCGAGUUCCUCAUAUGCACACUGGCUGGCACGCACAUUCUCAAUAUGGGCAUCCCCAUCACCAUGUACUGCGUCAUUCAGCUUCGCAGGCAACAUUCCAACUAUGAGUGGAACGAAGGACUCUGCAAAGUCUUUGUCUCCACCUUCUACACCCUUACCCUGGUCACCUGCUUUUCAGUCACUUCCUUGUCCUACCACCGCAUGUGGAUGGUCCGCUGGCCUGUCAACUAUAGGUUGAGUAACACCAAAAAGCAGGCUGUCCAUACGGUGAUGGGGAUCUGGAUGGUGUCAUUCAUUCUGUCCACCUUGCCCGCUGUGGGCUGGCACGAUACCACAGAGCGAUUUUACACCCAAGAUAACUGUCGCUUCAUUGUGACUGAGAUUGGCUUAGGCUUCGGUGUCUGCUUCCUGCUGCUGAUCAGCGGGAGUGUGGUAAUGGGUGUCAUCUGCAUCGGAAUUGCCCUCUUUCAGACCUUUUCCAUCCAGAUGGGCCAAAAUGUGGACAAGAACAAAUUUAACGUGCCCACCAUCGUAGUGGAGGAUGCUCAGGGCAAGAGGCGCUCGUCAAUUGAUGGCUCAGAGCCCAUAAAGACAUCGCUGCAGAUCACCUAUCUGAUCAGUGGAAUAGUUUUCAUAUACGACUUUCUAACUGGAUUCCCCAUAUUGGUGGUGAGCUUUGCCAGCUUGAAAUUUGACCGCUCCUACAGCUGGAUGGUCCUAUGUGUGCUGUGGUGCUCCAUAGCUCAGUCCAUCCUCCUCCCCAUGUUCCUGUGGGCCUGUGACCGUUACAGGGCAGACGUCAAGAUGGUCUGGGAGAAAUGUGUGGCCAUCAUGUCCAACGAUGAAGUGGAUGAAGAAAACAGCCAGGAUGGAGGCAUUCAUCCGGACUUAAUAUUUGACAGACCGUUUGACUAUAGCUCCGCUGGUGAUAUCAUGACGGUAGAGCGUAUUGCCAAGUACGAAUUCUCAACCUUAGAAAGGGGGGGCUAUCCAUUGAGGGAGCUUCAGGAAGAUAAAAUGCACUAUUUGCAGUUCUCAGAACAAUGUGGAAUGUGCCGCCUACAAGAAGAUACUCCCACGACGAAACCGACAUGUGGACCACCGGUCAGAUCCCGUCUUACCUGCAUCGCUGGGGCUCCACAGAGGACAUCAUCGGCAUCCCGCAAUACAACUCGCCGCGCCACGAGAGGCGUCGGAGCAGCCCGGCCUCCUACCGCGAGGAGAGCCACCCGCACCGCAAGAGGAGGCGAUCCGAGGACAUGCAUUCACUCAAGCAGAUUCCCCGAGUCGAACGUUAUGAGGACAAUUUCAAGUGUUUUAGCCGCGACGAAGUGAUUAAUUUCAUCGAUGAGACACCUUUGGCCAGUCCAAUGAGGAGUCCGCGGCGAGCUUCUGCCAUCUCUCUGAUCCCAGAGUCGUUCCAGCAGCACAUCGUCUUGCUGCCGCACUUCCCGCUCACACACUUUGAGCGCGAACCUCAAGUGUUGAGACGCUGCUCAGGAGCCAUGAUAUCUGAGAUCCCUCAGGAUACGCCGAGGAAGGCCAAAGAUGGCAGUGCAGCCGGCGAAGGUUCUGUCGUUAAGGGAUGCCUUGAACAUAGGCACGAUGCCAAGAAUGCACCAGAGCUGGUUCCAUUGGGUGCACGGACCGGGGAUCAAUCUUCUCCAAGUAUUAGGACAGGACAGGUAAACGCAUCUGCUUGGGUGGACCACAAACACCUGUCAAAAGGUGAAAGCAAAGGAAGCACAAAUAGUUUUAUAAGCUCACAAUCUGCAUCGUCCGGCUAUAUCACUUUUCACUCGGAAUCCAUAGGAUCCACACACUAAGGAACAGUUGUUGGUUUUUUUUGGAGUAUCAUAAAAUAGUCCCUGAUAUGUUUAUUAGUAUUACAGCUUUGACUAUGUGGAAUGUUUUGUAUUCUAGGAAUUGGCCGUUUUGAGAUGUGGUUGAUUUAAAACAGCAUUGGGAUAUCUUU